AUGUCAUUAAACAACAUACACAUUCCACUUAUGGCUAGAUUUUAUCUAUUAAAGAAACCACGUGCAAACUGUUACUCACCAGUUCCACAAUCUUCUCUUUUCCCUCUAUUUAUCAAUGUCUCGGUAACUCGACGGCGGGUGGAUCUUUUAAUCAAGGAACGAAUAGAACUGCUGGGUAAGCAGCUAAGCUGUGACGAGCCAACGACUGGUGAGCAAUCGAUGACCCAACAGUUAAGUGUACUGCGAAAUUGGUCGGCAAGCAACGAACACUUCCAGGACGAGGUUGGUGUGACUAAAAGUAUAGAUGUCUCAGUACAGGAAACGGCAGGUAGCAGACACGAAAUCGAAGAGGGAUUAGAGCUAAAAAAGAGGACAUCUCGAGUGGAACUAAUUCAUCCAAAAGAAAACAGAAGCGAAGAUGAUGUCACUUGUAUAAAUGAGAUUACAAAUACCUCAAAAGAUGGCGAGACAAUUGGCUUGAUAUCAGAAGCGCAUGACCUUCGUCACUGUGUCAAAGCUGUUAAUGAUGACGAAUUCACUCUGUUCCAUCGAAUCCGUCUGCCAGAAAUUUCAUUGCCCAACUCGAAAUUGACAGAGAGACUUGCCCAGAAGCAGGCAGCUGCUGCAAUAGCAGUCGAGCAUUUAAGAAUUAAGGUCAAACCAAGCACCCGAAUUGAGGCCGAGUUUAUUAUAUUUUAA